AUGAGAGCGAAUGAUUUGAAAAAAGAGAUCAAAAAGCUACAGAAAUUUAGGGAGCAGAUAAAACAUUGGCUACUGAACGAUGCUGUGAACACGCUAGGGCCGGUAGGGACGUCAUAUAUGGGGAAGUUGCUAGAGAAUAAGAGUGUUAUUGAAGAUGCUAUGGAGACGUACAAAUCCGUGGAAAAACAAACCAAGUUGAAGACAUUUUCCAACCAGUCGAUCAUGAUGACCUUUAUCGAUAGCGCGCAUGGAGACGAGGACGACGAGGAUAGCGAGGAAAUAGAAAGCAGCGAAGAAGAGGACGAAAGUGAGUAUGAAGGGCUAUCGGAAGAAGCAGUUGACUCGAUAAAAUUUUUCAAGGAUGCUAUUAGUGAGCUAAAAGAGCAAACAGAAAAGUCCACACACGAGCAUGAAAAAUUAGCAGGAAAGAAAUUGAGAAAGAAUAACUUGUCAACGAUAGAAGCAAAGAAGGAGAAGAUACAGGCGACAAUAGCCAAUAAUAAGUUUCAUCAAAAGAAAUUGCGCAAGUUGAUCAAAUUAUUGAAAAAUGGUCUGGUGAUUGAGUUUAAUCUUAUUUUUGCUUUAAAGGGAGAUAUUGAACAAUACUUGAACACAAAUGGAGAUUACGACUUUGGCAAGGAUACCGAAUUGUAUGAGGAUAUCUUUAAUCAAAUCGCUGCAGCAGAGGAGGACUAUUCCGAAAUUCAUGAAGAUCAUUCAACUGAACCAACACUGGAAGAAGGUAAUAAUGAAUAUUCUGCAACAAAGAAAAAUGGUUAUAUACUGGAAAACUUUGCAGCAGCAGCAGCAGCAACAACAACAACAACAGUGGCAUCAUCAUCAACAUCACAUCCUACAAACCUGCAAGCUCAUGAACACAACAAUACAAGCGCAGCUGCUAAUCAUUCAACAACACAACCGGUGCUAUCCAGUUCCGGUCCACAACAAGCUCACCACCACCUUUCCAAAAAUAGUUAUUCAUCACCUCCUACUCAAAACAACCAAGCCCCCGCAGUCGCUGCCGCCGCCGCCACUACCUCCACCCCCACCACCACCACCACCUCCUCCUUAUCAUCACAGAAUCACUCUCAUACACUACAUGGUCAACAAAAUUCUGGGUCACAAACUAGUCCAGAGAUUGCCUCUCCUGCAAUAGUAAGAUCGUUAAAGCCAGCUACAACGCCUUCAAAGCCCGUAGGUGGCCUCAAGUGGUCUGCAGCAGCAGCAGUUGGUAUCCCGGACACUCUAUAUAAGUCAUCAUCAACCGAGUAUGAAGAUGAAGGAUUACAGAAAGGAAAUGUUGCAGUUGAGAGCCCCAACAAUCGAGCCGCUGCAGAGGAAGAACAACAAGAAGAAGCAGUAAAAGAAGAAGAAAAAGAGGAAGAAGAAAAUGUACAGUUUGACCCGAUAAAACUAGAGCCAAUUGAUUUGGAUAAAUACAAAAACAUAAUAGCCAACUCCUCAUUAUCAAAGACAGAAUUGAACUUGUUUGCAGAUAUGAAUUUGGUGCGUGUACCUCCCGGAAUUCAAGACUUGGCCGUCUCAUUUGCUUCGAAGCGUAAUAACGACGAGUUCAAGAUCUUGGUUGACUCACAAGAUUUCAAUCAGUAUACUUGUCCAAUUUAUAAAUCGUAUUUGCCCAAGAUUGUUCAACCAAAUUAUUAUUCUCAGUUUACAAACUUCAGUUUCAAGCAUCCUAUACAAUUAACCAAAUUUCAGUCUCAUUGGAACAAGAUCAGGGCCUACUAUGGGUUUGGGGGUCUAGUAAAAGAAAUUAAGGAUUUGUUAUUACGAGAGACGCCCGAAAACGCAGCCUUGAUUGCUGAAUUAACAUUUGUAUUUUUCUAUGGUUUUUACUAUGGAUUAACACCAGCAGAAAACCUUAUAGCAGAAAGUAGUUUGUUUGAAUUAGGUUGGAAACCAUACAGGACCCAGUUAGAUGUGCCUACAACAAUUAACAAUUCUGUUUCGCGAGCUGCUUCGACAGAUGGUAUGAAUAAAGAAAACCAUUCCAGUCAGUAUUUCUACUGGUUCAGGAGACUAAAAUUGAUUUCUUCUUCUAGUGACCAACAACAGCCAUUGGAUAAGACUCAAGCUUUUGAGAUUGGAGAUUACCAAGUGUUUGAUUUGAAUUUUUGGGAGAUUUUUGUAAAAUAUGGGUUUAAGCUUGAUUAUUCUUCUUGUCAAUUGGAACCUUCUAAAACGUUAUUUUAA